GUUGAUAAGCAAAUGAUAUAUCUCUGACAAAAAGUUAAAGUUGUGAAAUCGGAUAAACGUUUCAUGGUGUAAUGGGAAAAAACCGACUACGUCGCCAGAAGCAGAAAUACAUGUUAGCCAUUUGAAAAUAUAUAUCCAAAUAACUACGUAAUACGGAAUAAUCACCAUAACCAAGAACUUCAGAUACACGAUGGAUGAAAACCGGUCAAAAAGCAGGCACAGCGCGCAUGAAAUGAAAAAUUUUGAAAAAGUUAAGGCCAGCAGGAUUUUGAGCAAUUCGGGAAAGGUGAACGAGGCUCUUCACGCAGUCAUCGAAAAUAAACUUAAUAAAACAGCAUUAACGGAGCAAAAUAGUAGUGUACUGGAACGCAAUCGCGCUCUUUUACAGUACAUCGCAACGUUAGCAGAUUCCAACAGUAAAAACGAUCUUUUCAACUAUGAAUUUGUUGAAUCUCUAGUUAAAGGUGGCGCUGACAUAAACAUUACAGAUGAACAUGGUCAGUCCAUGUUUCACGAGGUCGCACGCUCAUGGAACGUUGAUGUCGCUAAAUUUAUUAUAACUAUGGGGGGAGAGAUCAACAUAAAAGAUAGCUUUGGGCGAACCCCUCUACACGUAGCUGUGUCAGUUGACUAUGUCGAAAUGGCCGAGUUUUUGUUAAAAAACCAAGCAGACAUUGAUGCAAGGACAGUAGGUGAAUUACAGGCUCCAAUACAUUAUGCUGCAAAGAAUGGUUCCGUGAAAUCACUUCAAUUAUUGUUGGGAUAUCAAGCAAAUAUUGACUCACUUGACUACAGAAAUCGAACACCAUUACAAUUGGCUGGAGAAUGGUCGCGAGACAGAACUGCAAAAGUUUUGAUCGACGAAGGUGCUUCGUCGUGUCUCCUUGACUCUUCCGGGAACUCAGGAUUGUCAGUUUUAAUUGAUCGAUUACCACACCUAUCGUUGGAAGCCCUUAAUCAACUCCACAGAACAGAUGUUAUAACAAGGAAGGAGAUUUAUUAUUUAAAUUUCCUCGAGACAUCGCGAAUGAAUAUACAAACGAAAAAAGCUCCAACUCCACUUGAAGCUGCCGUUUUUGGGAGAAGGUUCGAAGUUGUUUCACAUCCAGUCAUGCAGCGCCUCGUCUACCAAAAGUGGAUCAAUUUCGGUCGUAUGGCGACGAUAUGGGACCUAUGCUUUUAUGUCAUAUUCAAUAUACUGUGGACUGUAAUGUCUACACUAACACCAGACGAGGGUAAAAAGUUGUAUAAACCAUUAGACAAAAACAUUUGGCGAAUUUUAUUGCUCGUGGUUAUCUGUAUGAUGAUUGUUUAUCAAAUCGUUCGACAAGUGAGAAUGACUAUAAAGAAGAUGCGAGCACAAAAUUAUUGGAUCAAAUCUCAAACAGAGAAUUUACAAAAGGACUUAAAGUAUUGCCAUCCAAGAUGGCCACAAGAGGAAAAGGCACUAAACAACGAAAUGACGAGAAUUAAUAAAUUAAAGGGAUUUGGUGGAAACGAUGGAUGGUUUUACUACGACUGGAUAGUCUUGAUUGUAAUGAUUGGAGCGCUUGGUUUGCACUUUGCCUUUUACGAAGUCAAUAGCAACAGUGUAAAAUAUAUUUACACAAGAGUUCUAAGCAUUGCCAAUCUGGUCGUGUCAUUACGUUUACUGGAAACGGUGAGACCAUUUCCUGGCAUUGGAACUCUUGUCAUUCUUCUUGGUGAAACGAGUGGUGAUUUUAUCAACUGGGCAUUCUUGUUCAUUUUGCUUCUUGUACCGUUUUCAGCGUCUUUCUGGAUUUUUUUCGGCAGUUUAUCAUUGCAACCUGUGGAACACUACGAUGAAGUUAACAGUUUGAUAUACUCGGUGUUUCGAAUGGCGGUCGGAGAUGAUUUCCAUUUGGAAGAUUUAAUUAAAGCGGAACCAGUAAUGGCUCGUAUACUUACUGUAAUGUAUAUUACAGCUAUGACUAUAGUUACCUUAAACUUGUUAAUAGCAUUACUUUCAGACACAUUCACUCGAGUGCAUAGUAAUGCAGUAGCAAACGGAAUUAUGCAACGAGCCAUAAAAGUUAUAAAUGUAGAGCGAAUUUUGAAUAAAAAAAGAAAGUCAAAGUAUCAUGAGCAUAUCAGAAUGAACUGCAGCCCAGAAAUCACAGAGACUAUGGCCCAGUGUAUCACAUCAGAAGACAUAGCUGACUCAAACCAACUGAUUGACGACAUAGAGACAAUCAAACAGGCACUACAUAAUAGAUUUGCAAAAGUUUAUGGAAGAAAUAAAGUGUCCGAUUUCGAUAAACUUAGAAGCGACAUUAAAAAGAUUAAAGAACUUCAGAGACAGGACAAUGAUAAUCUAAUGGAAAUAAAACGACUUCUGAAACAACUACGAGGUUAUUCUCCCGGCAUUUCUCGUAUCUUUACACCAAAUCAAUGGAGAGAGAGAAUUCCCCUUUCCGCUUCCAAUACUUUGGUAGAAACAUCAAACGAGAAAAGUAACAAGAAAGAAGGAACGAAAAAAACGCAAAAAGGCGAUCGACGGCAAAAAAAAGGCGAUAAACGACAGAAGAAAGGUGAUAAGGGAGAUGAUUAUAAUAAACAAGAAAAAAAAAGACAAUCCAAAAACUCGUCAGAUAAAGGUUCAGACUGGGAGACAGUCAGUAAUAACAGCGUUUCUCUUUAAGGAAAAACGCUUGAGAAAAAUUUCUUUAGACCUUCCUAUAAACACACAUCUAUAGCAACAGGAGAUGUCUGUCAGGCAUGCGCAAAGUGCCCACACUUAAAUACUUUGUAACACCACGUAUAACUAAAUUACUCGAGCUGAUAGAAGACAGUGAUAGAAGACCUUGAAAAAAUAUUCAUUCUUAACGUAAUAAAGAAGAAAAAUCCCAUACUUUAAAUAAUCAAAGCAUUGUAGAGAAUGGUAGCGUUUUCUCUCUUUAUAAAUUGAAUAACUGAUGUAAAUUGUUAUUGCAGAAUACUAAUAUAGAAUAUUUAGAUGAA